AUGCCCAUUAAUGGAAUCUCAUUUCAUUUAGAAGAAAGGGUUCAAAGAUGGAAGUGUGUUGUUCAGAGACAAAUUGCUGAUGAAGUAAAUGUGUCUCAUAAGCAUCACUUGUGCUUGAGUAUUAUAGCUUUGAUCGUUAAAGCAGGCAUGUCUAAGAUAAUUUCCAAUGUUGGACCUUUUUUUCCACAGCUAAUUAAGGAGUUCAUUGUGAAUUUCCCUUCAAAAUUCAAUAAUCCAAGCAGCCCUGACUAUCAGACAAUGCAUAUUCGAGACUCUAUGUUCAAGAUUUCUCUUGCUAUCAUCAACGAUUUUCUGGGAAACACUGUGGUGUCUGAUUUUCAGUCUUCGCAUCCAUCUAAUGAUGAAUUGACAUAUGUCUUAUUUGGAGUGUUAAAUAUGUCAUACUCUAUAAAAUUGGCAUUGCAAACUAGUUUUUCUUCCUCGCAUGCAUCUAGUGUUUUUGUGGCUUUAAGAACAUUUCUGUAUCAAAUUUGUAAUGAUGAAUCUGUUGAUGCUAGUCUUUUUAUGUAUAAUCAAUUGUUGAGGCAUGUUGGAACGUUUGGUGUAAAGAUUCUUAUUCCUCUGCUUCGGUUCUUCUCAAGCUUACUGAUUCAUCUGAACGUUGAUAUCUUGGCUGCCAAUGAUACCCUUGGUUUUGAUUCGAAGACCUUGUCUUUGAGUUAUAGGUUGUUUCUAGAUAGUCAUGAUCUUGAUUUAGAACAUGACAUGAGGCCUUCUAGGAACCCUCAAGCCUUUGAUACUGAUGAUAUUGAUGUUUCUUCUGAAGUAUUUUUUAUUCCUCGUGAUUUAGCCUCAAGAAUCAUCAAUACUUUGACAGCUGAAUCUUGA